AUGGAGAAGACUAAUAAAACAAGCAACCAAGGCAAAGAAGUCAACUUCGAGAACUACUUUGUACAAAAGGUUCCAGGACUGUACAUCGCCCUUGAUUCCAGUAACGACAGUGGUCAAACUUCCGUAGUCAGGCAUGACAAGAAUGACAACAACAUGUACCCGGUAUGGGACUCUACAUGGAAACGGGCGCCAGAAACUCUUCCCAUGCUGGAAGACCAGGCCGUUUUCACUACCGGCGGUCCCCACGAUAUCUUUGCUGUACCUACAAAGCUGGAGGAGACGGUUACCGUGCAUUAUAGCCCACUCGAGGGCCAGCAGACUACUAUUUACAUACACCCCUCAAACAGUGUCGAGCAACGCAUCCCGCGAUAUAUGAGGACGCUCGAUGCGGCGGACGUCUCGCCAGAGGAUCUUGCGAAGCCGAUUCCACCAUAUGACCCUAAGUCAGGCGGAGGGGCGGAUGUACGCCAGAAGCAGCUCAGUAUGACGGUGGAUUCGGCAUCAGAGUACGAGGGAGUUGACGACCAGGAUGAGGAGCAUCCGACUAACGAGGAAAGUGAGGAGGAAGACGACGGCGACGCAGCGAUCGCUUCUGCACCCGCUAUCGCUGCGUCUGUAGGUACAAACAACUCGCUCUACCUCCACGCACACGAGCACCGUACGAGCUACGCAACCCUCACCCUCAACGAGCAGUCAAGGACGCUAACCAUCAACCCGAUAAAAGCCAGAACAAACCUCAAAGUCAUUAAUCUCAGAGGCGCGGGCGGCCAAACACCCAUAACCAUCCAAUGCUACCCCUUCCAAGAAGGCCGCACCCUCCGCUUUGUCGAUUGCGGCUUUAAGACUAUGAUCGAAAGAAAGGAGGUCCUGUAUAAGGAGUGUCAUGUUCAUCUUCCGUCAGAUAAGUGGCAUGCGGGUUUCGAGCAUGGGGUUUUGGGCGGUAGGGACAGGACGGCAUUUGGCCCGCAUGAUACACGGCAUGCGGAACAUAACGCUGGUGUCUUUGGCCGGUUUAUGGAUGCGUUGGAGAGGAUUGUGGGAGUAGGGAAUGUGGAGAGGUGUAGGAAGUUGGAAAAUGGUGAGGUUGUGGAUGAAGAUGCGGAAGAGUAA